AUGUUCCUCGCGCAACGGCUGGCAAGUGUCCGCUUGGAGGACGCCACCGCGGAGGCGCUGGAGCUUCUGUGUGGAAUCCCACAAGGCUCUCCUCUAUCUCCGAUCCUCUACCUGCUAGCGACGGCGGCGCUCUACGAGCUGCCUGGCGCCACGCACCGUUACGGCUACGCUGAUGAUACAGCCAUGCUCUUCGUGGGAGACACAUUAGAUGAGACCACCGCUCAAGCUAAUGCCACAAUUGCAGCCAUGGAGGAAUGGGGCCGUCAAGAAGGUUUCGCCUUUGACGUGAAGAAGACUGAAGUGAUCCACUUCGCGAGUUAG